AUGUACUUCAUCCCAGUCGACCUUCACAUGCUUCCCUACAUCAUCCGGUCCAGUCAUAUUAAGCCGAACAUCAAGCCGAACACCAAGCCGACAACCUUGGAAGAGCUACUCCGAGUCCCAAUCCCUACAUCUCAAGCUCAACCCUUAUUCCUUGCAUCUUCAACCUCCAAUUUCCUUCACCCUAGACCCAAAGCCAUGACCAACCAAAAGAACAUGCGGGGCAAUCCCAACCCCAACACCAACCAAACCCAAAGCGACACCCUAGCCCCAGCCCCAUCACCCUCCACCCCAAACACCCCCUCCAAUCAACCCCCCGCGCCCCCCUCGCUAGCAACCCGUAUCCAAGCCUCCGCAACAAGCCUAGCAAAAAGCGCAUUCCGCCCGAGCUCCGACCUCGCCAACACCCUAGCAUCAAGCACAAGCAGCAAACCAGAUCCAUCCUCCCUCCCAAAUCCUCAAACCAGCAGGGAUCCACCCUCAAAUACCACACUGCAUGGAUCCCCCGGUUCCGCGUCCGCAUCUGCAGCACAGGCCUUCCGCGAACACAAUGCACAUGCAUCGACAGCAGACAAACACGUUCUACCGGCCUUGACAGAAGAUGAUUUCCAGGGAAGAAAACACAGACAUGAUGGGAUAGACACAGGAGAUGAGAGACAGACGGAUCUGCUACACACCACCACAACCGUAACAGACCCAAAGGCAAGUACAAUCCAACCCCACAAAGACCUCCAAACCCCCUCCUCAGCCUGGAAAGGCAAAGCCCGCGCGCACGACCCAACACAGCACCAAUUCGAAACUGUCUGGCAGCGCCAAUGGCAUGUUCUACACGAUCCGCAGACCAGGGUUACCGCAACCACGGACGGCGCAGCGGUUGUGUCUCUGCUAUCUGAUGCGAACUUCGAUCCGAAUUUCGAGGAUCCGAUGUCAGUUCCGGAUGCAGAGAUUGAUUUCGCGGCUGUGCCGGCUUCACUUUCUGUGGCUGAGAGGGAUAUGCUUGAUUCCUUUCGGAGGGGGCUGGGGCUGGAUGGGAAGAGGGAAGGGGAGGGAAAUGGGCGGUUAACGGGGGCGAGUCUUGUUCCUGAUCUCGAUGUCUUUUUGAGUCAGGGGUUUGGAGCUGGCGUGGGGAUUGGGACGAGGGAGGGGAAUGCUACGACCACGGGUGCUCGUUCUACUUCUACUUCCCUCCGCGAUGCUGUUCUAACGAACCUGCCUGGUGCGGGUGAUUGGGUUGGUGUUCAGGAGAGAUAUCAUGAUGAGGUAUGGGGGUAUUUGCAGCCUGUGCUUGCGGAGGCGAGGGUGGAGAUUGAGGAGAAGGGGGCCAGAGAGGAUGGGCCUGCUGUGAGGAGGUUGAAGAUGAUAUUGGUGCAUAUGAAGGGAUGA